AUGAAGUUCGCUUGUCCUCAAAAAGGCCAUGCCAUUCAAUUUGAAUCUGCGUGGGAUUACCUCAAUCAUCUAUAAAAAUGUCAUAUUAUCAAUGAUAGGAUUAAAGAUUGUGGUGAGACUAGAAAGUAUAUGUUGAAUAUAUUUGAAGUGAAUAUUAUUUUUGUGCUUCUUGUUUAUAAGUUUUUGAACUGAUAACUGAAAGAGAUAUGCAUCAACAUCUCUGCAAGGUUGAUAAUUUCAAAUAGUUGUUCAAAGAUGUCAACGUAAAUUUUAGUUCAAUUUUAGAAACCAAUUCCUUUAGGUAAAUCUGGGACUUCAAAGAUUCAAGAGUUAAUUAGAUUCUAUAAGGAUAUUCUUCAUCCUAAAUAACGAAAUACAUAUGAUUCUGAAUAAACUGAAAGAGAUGACUUUUAAUAGGAAAUAAUUGAAUCAUGUGAUCCUAGAUUAUUUGUACCAAAAACUGUAGAAAACAACUUUAACCCAAAGACCAUGAUUAAAAAUACAAGGUUAACAUUUAGUUUAUUAGGCGGACAUACAAAAAUGGAAGCUGCUUAUUAUAAAUUAUUUAAUAAAUAAGUCAUAGAAUAAAUUAAUAAGGAAUAUCCAUUUAAAAUAACACCAGAAAGUUUUAAAUAAUUUUUCUAAAAAAAUAAUAUUUCAAUUAACAAAUAAUUGUUGAAUGAAUCUAAAGUUUGUGAAUUCUGUGAAUCUAAAAUAGAUCAAAAUCCUGAGAUGUACCUUUAAAUAAUAUAAACUAAUAAUUCUAAAUCUAUUUGGUUGAUGAUUCCUGAAAUACAUAAUCCUAUUAAAGAAUUUAUAUUUGAUGAACCAUGGUGUGUUUUUAAAAUAAUGACUAAAUAGAUGAUUUGUGAAAAAUCAAUGGAUUUUAUUAAAAUAAAGAAAUAAGACCCAAUUAUUUCCUAAUUGGAAUAUUAAAUAUAAUAGGAAGAAUUAAAAGGAAAUAGAUUAAAAUAAUAGCUACAAAAUAGUUUUGAUGAUCUAGAUUCAGUUUUGAAAUAUUUAACUAAAAAAAAUUAAAAAUUAGAUUAAUAAGAAAAUUUAUUAGUUAAAUUACAAAUCAAAUUAAGAGAAAAUGAUUCAAAUAAUAAAAAUUUAGUUAAUUAAUAUUUAAUACUCAAUACUAAAAAGUUAUAGUAAGCAGAAGAAAAUUUAAUUGGAUUCUAUUAAAAAAUGAAAAAUAUGGAAUCUGAAAAAUAAUUAAAUAGAUUAGAUGAAUUAAAAAUUGAUUUGCUUGAAAAAGAAUAAAAAUAAAAAAAAUUAAAAGAUAAAGUAAAAACACUUUUUGAAGAGAAAGAACAAUUAAUACAAACAUGUAAUGAAAAAAAAAAUUAAAUUUAAUUAACAUAGAAAUAAUUAGAAGAAAAAAUUGCAAAAGCAUCAGUUACAAGAAUAAAAGUAUAUUAUAUAAUUAUAUUACAAUAGAUUUAAAAGAUAAAAUAAUUAUUAUGUUUUUAAUGCUAAACUAGAGAGAGAAAUGUAAUAUAAUUUCCGUGUCAACAUUUUUUAUUUUGUGAAUAGUGUUAUCUUAAUAACAUUCAAUAAAAGAAUUUAAAAUGUCCAUUAAAAGAACAAUAGAAAUGUUAAACUGAGAAUAUCAAUAAUAAGUACAAACUUGUUAACAUCUAAAAUGUAUGA